AUGAUGAAUAUUCCCGGCCGUUUAACCAAUAAACAACUCCUGCAACAUUUGAUCUCUGAUAAGAAUAUUCAUUGCCUGCUUCGUCGUUCUACACAAAAUCCAUCAAUUUAUGAUGUCAACAAGCUUUCAGAAGAAUCUCAGAAAGAAGGCUCAAAAAUACGCUGGAGCAAGCGUUCUCCUAUUGGAUUGGCUGCACCAUUAGUGGCAUUUGCUCUUGGUGUAUGGCAGUUACAGAGAUUGCAGUGGAAAACAAAUUUAUUGAAAAAAAUAGAAGAUAGAAUGAAACAGGAAGCUGUACCAUUUCCAGAUGAUAAUUUGUCGUCAUUGGACGAUCUUGAAUAUGCAAAAGUGAAAGUAACGGGUGAAUUUCUUCAUGACCAUGAAUUUUAUGUGCAACCAAGGCAACGAUUUGAUAAAGAGGAAAAGAAAUCGAAAAUUCGACCUGCAGUAAAUAAUUUUGGUAGCCCUGGUGCACAAGUUAUCACUCCGUUUAAACUUCAUCCAUCGGGCCAGAUCAUUCUGGUUAAUCGCGGAUGGGUUUCUCCGCAAAAAAUCAUUCCUUCAAGUCGAACUGAAGGACAAGUGCAAGGACAAGUUACCUUUGAUGCAGUAGUUCGUCAUACCGAAAAGAGGCCGUCCUUUAUUCGGCGAAAUGAUCCUGACAAUGACCUUUGGUUUUAUACAGAUGUUGAACAAAUGGCAGAAAAACACGGCACAUUACCCGUUCUUGUUGAUGCAUGUUAUGAAUCUAGUAUUCGAGGUGGUCCAAUCGGAGGUCAGACACGAGUAAGCCACAGAAAUGAUCAUAUGAUGUAUGCUUGUUUCUGGUUUUCAAUUGGAGCGGCAACUUUGUUUGGAUGGUUUCUUUAA